UUAGAUUAGAUUAGAUUGGAUUCAGUUUUAUCGUGUAGAAGUAGGAGCGGAUCCCGGAGUCAGGAGUGGAUCAGUGACCCGGACAUGAGAUAACUGAAGAUACGGAUGACCUUCACAACAUGAGCAUGCAGCAGCAAACGCCAGGAUCUCCUCAGCAGGCAAGGGCACGGAGCAGUCGUGUGAGUCUUCCUGUGAUGCGCAUCGACAGACUGCGAGCAGCCAAAGCUCUAGCGGCCAAGGCUGUGAAGGAGAAGAAGGUGUUCUCCGUGCUAGGGCCGUACCCUAUGAUUCGCGCCGGUCUCAGGGCCAGAGGCUGGGUGGAGCGCUGCCUGCCCCGCGCAACCACAUACAGUCCACGCUCUGGAGACCAGGAGGCUGGGGCCGUGGACGAGACUGAGAGCAGCAAUGAUGAAGGACAGGACGCAGACAAGGAGGACGACUGUGAUGACACACACCACCUCAUGUCUCGUCUGGUGCAAAACGAAAUGACGUAUUUCUACUGGACUACUCGGAGAGACUCAGUCGAAUACCUGACAUUACAGAAAGACCAGAUGACUAAUCACUACACAAAAACAACAUCCUUCACCACUAAGGUGGGUUUAUGCAUGAGUUUGAGGAACCUGCAGUGGUUCGACUCGACAGACCCCGACACGUUCUUCCCACGCUGCUACCGGCUGGGAGCGGAGGAUGAAAAGGAAGCGUUCAUUGAUGAUUUUAGACGAACUGCGUGCACAAGCCUGCUACGGUAUGUUAUAGAGAGAGCUGGAGGGCAAGUGGAGGACGACAGGAUGGGCAGAAUCGAUCUUGUUAAACAGCCUCUGGGUCUGGGCAAGCAUCAUAAACAUCAAGCCAAGCAGAGGGUAGGAUGUGGACUGAUUGAGACGGCACUGCGUGUGUGUCAGGAAUAUCUAAACAGCAUGGAACACCGUGACAUAGACGUCUCUCUGGAAACUCCACCCAUUCUCUCAGACGAGCAGUGGACAAACUUUAUCCACAACUACUACAUGGUCAUUCAUGAUGGAGUGAUAUUAGAGGGAUGUAUCGAGUACGCAGAGCGCUGCCAGUCUAUGCUAGCCCGAAUGAAAAAGGUCUGUUCACAGCUGGAGACAGAUGGAGUCAAUAACAUCUGGAUUAUUAAACCAGGGGCGAAAUCAAGAGGCAGGGGUAUAGUGUGUAUGAACAGGCUAGAUGACAUCCUGGACUUAGUAAACAAAGACUCAGCUAUGAUUAAAGACAGCAAGUGGGUGGUGCAGAAGUAUGUAGAGCGCCCCCUGCUGAUCCAUGGCACUAAGUUUGACGUGCGCCAGUGGUUCCUGGUGACAGACUGGAACCCUCUCACUGUGUGGUUCUACGGGGAAUGUUACCUGCGCUUCUCCACCCAGGUCUACUCCACAAACAACCUGGACAGCUCUGUCCAUCUCUGCAACAACUCCAUUCAGAAAUAUUUCCAGCCGAGUGCGCGUCGUGACCCAAUGCUGCCAGCUGAGAGCAUGUGGUCGUGUUCCGAGUUCCGCUCCUGGCUCUCGGCUGCAGGUCGGGGCGGUCUGUGGGACGAGGUGGUGCUUCCAGGCAUGAGGAAGGCCCUGAUUCAGACGCUCCUUACGGCGCAGGACAGUGUGGAGCCACGCAAGGCAAGCUUCGAGCUCUAUGGAGCAGACUUUCUCCUGGGGAGUGACCUCCACCCCUGGCUGCUGGAGGUGAAUGUCAGCCCCACCAUGGGCUGCUCAACAGCCGUGACUGCCCGACUCUGCCCCGCUGUCCAGGAGGACACGCUCCGCGUGGUACUGGAUCGACGCUACGACCGCAACGCUGACACUGGAAGCUUCCAGCUCAUAUACAAGCAGGCACUAGUAGAGGUUCCUCAGUAUUUGGGUCUCAGUCUUCUAGUGGAAGGAGCUCAGAUCAGACGUCCCCGUUCAUCUCGUGCCAAAAAGUUCAUCAGGUCCCAUUACGAAUCUCUGCACAAAUUCCGACGUGUUCUCCAACCUAAUAAUAGUCCUUUAAGGAAUGAGAACCAGCAGGAGGAGAGGAAGAGGUCCUGGCCAUCUGUCUCACCCAGAAAGGUCACAGUGCACAGAUCUCUAAAUUUACAACCCCUGAGGGAGAAAAGGCACCCAAAACCACUGGUACCCUCGUCCUCAGGUCCUGCUGAACGUCAUCACCUUCACACUGCUCACACACGCACACAUCGCACACACGCACGCUCAGAGCCAACGUACAGUCGUACGCACAGGGCCGAGAAACGCUUGCUCUCUCUGAACCGCCUGGAACCAAUGCUGGAGAUAAUUGGUUUACAACCUGUAAACUCAUACAAGGGCUUCUACCACCAUAACACACAGAUGCACACUGUUAAUGUGUCUCAGCCAGUCAUACGCACACACCAGUACUUCUCACCGCUGCAGUGGCAAAAUGCAGACAUGUCCAGAAUUAAAGUAUAUGGAGCCUCGAGAGACUGGACGAGCCAAAGAGAUAAAUAA